AUGGAUUUCUCAUUCCACUCGCAUCAUUUUGACAGGGUGCAGCUCUCAGAAGAGGAUUCCAAGCCUGAUCUCCUCUUGCAACCAGAAGCACCAUCUCAGUUCAGUAUACCUGACUGGGCGAGAUGGAGAUCUCAGCUAGCUCCCACACCUCCUCGCCAUUAUGAUGGUUACGGCUUUCCUCGUGUUGCUGAUGGUGAGCCAUAUGGUUUGGGCCCGUUGCCUCAGGAGCUCAUCAGAGAUGCAGAUGAAUAUAUUGAUGUCUACAGCUCUCAUGCCAGCUCCAUCAUGACUGGCACAUCCUCGGAGGUAUUGGCCCCCCAGGCCGGAGAGGGUCAAUCAGAUUGGCCAAUUUUGCAGGCCUUCCAUGCCUUCAAGGAUCAGCCAUACAACUACACGCAGUUGGAGCCGCUUCGGCCCCCCCCAGACUCCCCGCAGUCGCCACUUUCUGAAGUCUCCUCCUACCACUCUCCGCAUUCGCUCACUGCGUCGAGUCCAGCAAUGACGGCUCAGAUGGCGGACCGUCUCUCACCACGGUCAAAUACUGGCGACAAUAAAGAGGAGCGUCCCGGUCACCCUCCCUAUUCCGUUCUCAUCUACCAGGCCUUGAAAGAUGCCCCGGGAAACAAGCUUCAACUCCAAAGCAUUUACUCCUGGUUUGAAGCGAACACAGACAAGGGAGGAGACCCGAAUGCAAAGGGAUGGCAGAACAGUAUCCGCCAUAAUCUCUCAAUGAACGCGGGGUUCGAGGCAGUGAAAGAAGAAGUUGGACCGGGCAAAAAAGCUGUGAACUUCUGGAAGCUGACACCGGAAGCCAUCCACAGCGGUGGCAUUCAAUCAACUACCCGCUACCGCAAACUCCAGCACCAAAAGAAAGGAACGAACCCAGGCCAUCGUGGGCCCACACGUCAGCAGUCGGAUUCCAAGGGGGUCCACGCCACCAAAGUCAUCAAAUCACGCAGCAUGAACAUCUCCUACAGCGAGCGCACUGAAGCAUAUCAUCAGCAGCAAAUGAUGGGCAUGAACCAUCGUCUCGGACAUGAAUGCGGUCCCACGAGCCUUCCUGCGAUGCAAAGAUUGAUGCAGCACCCCAUGGGCCCCGUUGUCGGAUGCACCCCCAUGAUACUAGGCAACAAUACGGUCUUCACUGACACUGCGGAACCAGGCCCGGCAUAUGGCGUGGGCCAUGACCAUGAUUGGUAUGCUCCAGAGUCCGGCCCCAACAGGAUCCACGACCCACUCGAGGUUGCCGGUCGAUCAUCAGCGUGGGACUUCAAAAAAGGAAUUUAG